AUGGAGAAUCGCCACGCUUCAGAGACGAAUGGAGUAGCUGAUGAGUACUUGAAUAUGUGCAUCAAGUCCAAGCAUAAUAAUUUGUGCAGAGAAGACUCCGAAGAAGCUUCAAACAAGCUGACUUGCAUUGAGAGAGCUUACAGCACCAUACUGAGUGAGCUCGGAGAGGACGUUGACCGAGAGGGACUUCUACGUACUCCACUACGUGCAGCCAAAGCCAUGCAGUUCCUCACUAAAGGCUACAAGGAGACAACUGAAGAUGUCUUGAACGGUGCAAUCUUUGAUGAAAACCAUGAAGAGAUGGUGAUCGUGAAGGACAUUGAUUUGUUUUCUCUCUGUGAACAUCACUUGGUGCCCUUCUUUGGCAAGGCUCAUAUAGCGUACCUCCCAAACAAGAAGGUGGUUGGUCUCAGCAAACUGGCAAGAAUAGUUGAGAUUUACAGCAGGAGGCUUCAAGUUCAGGAGCGUCUCACCAAACAGAUUGCUUCUGCCAUCACUGAGGCGUUGGAGCCUGCUGGAGUGGCAGUAGUGAUCGAGGCAGCGUGA